ACGGUAGUGGGAUGUUAUUUUCUAAAAAAAAAAAUAGCCAUAGAUCUGGAUCUAGAAACCCCCACUUUCAACCAUGACGGUGUACCUGAGACGCAAAGCGGAUUUGGACCUGGAAGAUCGCCGACUGUGGGAGAGGCCGAGAGGCGGCUACAGGGAACAUCUCUGGGACCAGGGUUUAGUCUCGGUUUCAUAUUUAGAAUACUUUGGGGCCUUAACAGAAAAAUUAGAAAAGGAAGGCAUCAAGGCAAAAAGAUCAUUUGCGUCUUCUGUGGAACAGAAACAAAGUAGCUGGUACCGGCCUCAUCUUCCUGGAAAACGACUUGGUUAUCAUCCUUAUUGCACAAUGGGUGUUCAUACUAAAGGCUCUCAUGCACAGCCUUGUUAUCAUUCUGCCGGUAGGUCUUGCAACAGUUGUGGUGUCACCCACUGGCGUCAACAUUGUCCCCUUAAUUGUGAUCAGGGUGUUCCAGAGACAGCACCAAAAUAAUGAUUCCGGUAUCGGCGACUGUUCAUGCCGAAGGGGUAAUGGAUGUUAUAUAUUAUUUAUGCGAACUCUGUUUAGAACUUUAGAUGCUAUAUAUUAUUUAUGCGAACUUCGUUAAAUC